AAGUUACCAGUUACCUCGCUUCGUAAUAGCCUACAGGUGACGAACUGUAAUCCUAUGUGCUUCUCUGGAGAUAAACAUAUUGAUCGUUAGUCAAAAGUCGAAGCUUUUGAUGCGAUAUGUAACCUAACAAUGAAGAUCCUGGUUUUCCUGGCCCUCCUGGGAAUAGGUCUAGGCCUACAUUUCGCUGCAGCAGUGACUCACUCUUUGAAGUAUUUCUACACUGCGUCUUCUGGAGUCCAAAACCUGCCAGAGUUUGUGGCUGUUGGGUUGGUUGAUGAAGUUCAGAUAAUUCACUUUGACAGUAACACCAGGAGAGCAGAACCUAAACAGGACUGGAUGAGCAGAGUCACAGCAGGAAAACCUGACUACUGGGAGAGGGAGACGCAGGUGUUGUUGAAUAAACAGCAGGUCUUCAAAGGCAACAUUGACAUUGCAAAGCUGCGCUUCAACCAAACUAGAGGUGCACACGUUUUCCAGAACAUAUAUGGCUGUGAGUGGGACGAUGAGACUGGAGAGGUUAGAGGUUAUGAUCAGUUUGGUUAUGAUGGAGAAGACUUCAUGGCAUUUGACGUGAAGACAGAGACAUGGAUCGCUCCAACACCACAGGCUUUCAUCACCAAACAAAAGGUUGAUCACGACCAAACUUUGAAAGCACAAGACAAGAACUACCUGACCCGGAUUUGCGUUGACUGGCUAAAGAAGUAUUUGGACUAUGGGAGGAGCUCUCUGCUGAGAACAGACCUUCCCUCAGUGUCUCUCCUCCAGAAGACUCCCUCCUCUCCAGUCAGCUGCCACGCUACAGGUUUCUACUCUGACAGAGCCCUGAUGUUCUGGAGGAAAGAUGGAGAGGAGCUUCAUGAGGACGUGGACCACGGAGAGAUCCUCCCCAACAACGAUGGAUCCUUCCAGAUGAGUGUUGACCUGAAUCUUUCAUCAGUCACACCUGAAGACUGGAGGAGGUACGAAUGUGUGUUUCAUCUCUCUGGUGUGAAGGACGACAUCAUCACCAAACUGGACAAAGCAAAGAUCAGAACCAACUUGGGUAAGACUGGAAACAGAAGUUAUGAAGAGAAGCCCACUGAUAUCAUCAUCAUCUCCAUCAUUGCUGCAGUGGUUGUUGCUGUCAUCGUCCUCAUUGCAGUGAUUGGAUUCUUCAUUUACAAAAAGAUAAAAGAGUCAAAGUCUUCUUCAAAGAAUUCUUCCACAAAAAUUGACACACAAUUUAUUAAAGAGUCAAAGUCUUCUUCAAAGAAUUCUUCUACAGAAAGUGUACACAGCGACACACCAUUGAUUAAAGGACGUCAAGGCAGUGACACCACUGAUUAAGAAGCGAGCAAGAGUUUGAAAAGAACUUCACUUCAUGAGAAAUCUUCAAAACUGACUACAGUAAAGUCACAAAUCAUUAAUUCAAACAUAAAUAAGAGGUUCACCACACCACUAAAAUUGAAAUAGCUUUGACCUUUUAUAAGGUCAAUAUUAUAAUAAAUAAUAAUAAUAAUAAAAAAUAUAUUAUUUCAUACUUUUGUAUGGAAAAUGGAUCAAAAGACAAACUCACAGAGAAUUCACUCUGUUCGGUGAAUGAAACAUAUUGGGCAGAAAACUCAAACAAGGUUGACGCAGAACUUCAACACUAUGAACUACAUUCUCUUGAAUGUUAAAUGGCAAUGUUUCAUUCCACAGUGGAUCUUAAUGAUAAAUAAUCAAAAAAUAUAUACAUAUUGAAUGUAAAUGAUCAAUUAAUUCAUAUUAGAGGAUGACAUUUUGGGGGGAAACCUGUGGGUCACGGGAUUCCUUUGGGAUGGGAGUCAAGCGGGUUUCAGGCAGGAACACAGGGGACUUCAGACAUCCAGACUAUGAAAACUAUAUGUUCUAUUAAAGAUGAAAGUGAUUUCAUAAAAUAUAAAAAUACAUCAAUUGUGAGAAGACUAGAUUCACAUCACAGCCUUGUUGAUGCAACAUUUGUUCAAUUGAAAGUUGUACAUGCGGAAUAUACGGAAAAGGUUGUUCUCGCUGUUAUGUGAGUCAUAAAUCAGCUUUUUAUAUAUAUAAAUAUAAUAACAUGAGAAACUACUUUCAGACUUUGUUUUUAUCAGGAAUGGGAUGGGACUGGAGUGAAAAUCCAAUUCCAUCCCUCUCUACUUAAAAUACAAGAGGAGGUGUUCCCACUGUUGACAAAUGUGUCUGUAAAUAGGUAAAUGUAGAUCUGUCUAUAUAAAUAUUUUUUCAUAUUUCUUGUGUUAAUAUAUUACAUGAUGAUUUAACACAUUGGAGAUGCUCUCUCAUGUCUUUUUUUGGGGGGGGUUGAGUUAAAUAAAGAUGCACAAGAACAAAAAAUAUCAGUAAGCUUGUCAUCACAUGAUUCAUUUUAUGGUUUGGGUGUUUAUGUGAUAUUCUUCUUCUGGAUGGUUUGAAGCUGGUAAAGUUUAUUUUACAAAUGCAAAUGUUCAUAUAGACACACAUAUCCACACACACUGGCAUGUGUCAGUUUAAGAUUUAUUUUGUAGAUGUGUAAAUGCUCAAUCAAAUUUAAUUUUUAUGUAAAUGUUGGAUUUUUCUUGAAGUUGUUUUUUUGCAGUGUUUAAUGUGACUGUUUCUUAGAUUGAUAUUCUAUAGGUUGGUAUAAUAUGCGGGGUGGUUCUGUGACAUCAUUGAUCAUAUUAUUUGUUUUGAUUGCAGGACUUUCACCUAUAUUUCUAUUGUAUUGGUACUGGAGCUACUGGAGUAUUCCUUACCCCACUGUAAAGUCCAUUAAACAGAAAGGCCUACA